AUGACAAAGCGUCGGCCGGAGUGAAGCAUCUUGAUACCACCCGCUUUGCUCCUCCUCGGAGAACAUCACAACCAUCAACUUGACUUCCAACAGCGAUGCGCGGCAGAGCAGUCAUCUCAGCGGCGUAGCGCGCAGCCAUCACCAGCCCCGCAUCGGCCGCUCCAUCCGGCUCGGAUGGCCCCUCAGCAGCUGCCGCGCGCGGAGAAGCUCUCGGAGCGCAUGGACGACAUCCGCGGAGGCGCAGGGUACGUGGCCAGCGCCACCUCACCUGGGCCUCCACGCCCGAAUGGAGACGAUCCCUGCCUUAAACAGGAGCCGAUACGCCGGGGCAUUUGCAACAGCCGGUCGGGGAAAAGUGACUCCGGUGGUGGAAAGAAGAAAAACUACCAGCGGUAUCCAAAGCCGCCCUACUCCUAUCUCGCAAUGAUCGCAAUGGUCAUCCAAAGGUCUCCCCAGAAAAGGCUAACAUUAUCUGAGAUCCUCAAGGAGAUCAGUACCCUUUUCCCAUUUUUUGAAGGAAAUUACAAAGGCUGGAGGGAUUCUGUGAGGCACAACCUCUCCUCGUACGACUGCUUUGUUAAGGUGCUAAAGGAUCCGGGUAAACCUCAGGGCAAAGGUAAUUUCUGGGCGGUGGAGCUGAGCCGCGUCCCUCUGGAGCUCCUCAAGAGGCAGAACACUGCUGUUUCCCGUCGGGAUGAGGCCAUCUUUGCCCAGGAUCUGGCUCCGUACAUCAUGCAAGGACACAAGCUGGAGCCACAGCUGCCCCAUGAUCCCAUGGCCUUCCACCCGCCGGAGUCUUCUGGAAACCCUUCCCCAAUGCAGGAAGACCCAGCCCAACCUAAGCUGGACUCAUCCUUCGCCAUCGAGUCUCUGCUGCACAGUCUGCAGCCGGCCACUGCGUCUGAGGACGUGGACAUGGCGAGCAGGAACUGCAGACUUGAGGCGGAGCCCGCCCAGCCCUCGCCGUCCCUGAGAGCGUGCUACGCCUCAUCUGGCCACAGCGCCUCUGCCAGCUCCGCGAGCCCAGCUUCAUCCUCUUCCUCUGACGAGGAGUGGAAAGCUAAAUCCCUGCCCGGAAAGCGCGUUUCUCCCGACGGCGAAGCCCGGCCGGGCGGUUAUGAAGAUUACAUGCAGCCGCUGCACAAAUCGGCCAGACGGGAGGCACCUGCGCCCCCUUGGGAGCUCCCGACCUCCUACGCGAAAUAUGUCCCACCCAACGCCGUCGCCCCACCCAGCAUGCGGUUCGGCGGGGGCCCCUUAAUGGCGCUGCACGGCGGACUUCCCCUUUACGGGUACGGCAGGUCCCCUGUCACGUCCGGUCACUUUAUAGGCCACGGCUAUUGGCCCAUCUUCCCCAGCAGGCAGGUUGCGGUUCAGGGGCCUCCUCUCCUCAUGGACCUCGACAACAUGCUGCAAUCCGUACCUCCCAAUAAGAGCGUCUUCGACGCUUUGGCGCCGGCCAGUCAGAGCUCGUAUCAUCCACCGGCCGGUCAGUACGCCUUUCAGAACGGGGCUCCUCUGAAUAAAUACCAUCAGUACUGA